CGAUCAUGGGUUGUCGUGUUCUUGCAGGCGUGCCCCUGCAAACAACCUACCAAUUUAAACUUUCAUCGCUUUUUCUGCAUACUUUACCUUUUGAAGCACUGAAUUUCUUUUUUUCAGCAAUAGGGCGUUUCUAACAUAUCCAUUCUUGAUUUUGUUUUCUUUUUCACCAGAGCAUCAAUUUUCUGUUAAUGGCUUCCACUUCAACAUCUGGUCGAGGACAACAGGAACGCGAUCCAUUUUGGGUGCUUGAACCUCCCAAAAAAAAGAUAAAAUCCUCCUUGACUGCAAAACAGUUUGAUGUAUUCAUCAACCAUCGAGGCCCGGACACCAAAACGAAGGUGGCUCAGCAGCUCUACGAUGCUCUACAGGAAGCUGGGAUCCGGGCAUAUCUAGAUGCUCCAGAGACUGAACUCGGAGAUUAUUUUCCUUCUGCCAUUAAGAAUGCCAUAUCCUCUGCCGUAGUGCACAUAGCCAUCUUAUCACCGCAAUAUGCAGAGUCUCCUUGGUGCUUAGCUGAGCUUGCUUUGAUGUUCCAAACCAAGGCUAGAAUUAUUCCCCUCUUCUACCAUGUUCAGCCAUCAGACUUCCGCUACAUCAAAAAUGGAGUUGCGGAAGCAUUUUCCAAACACGAAGAGAAGGGCAGAUUUCCUAGUCAUGACAUUCAACAGUGGAAAGAAUGCCUGCAGAAUGUUUCAUGGCUCAAAGGCUACGAACUCAACAAAGAAAAUGACGAUCCGAGCAAGCUGUGCGAUGAUGUUCUGUCCGCUGUAGUUAAGGAGAAGCAAAAGAGAAAAAUUCCAUUCCAAGUUGCACAAUAUGCUGUGGGACUUGACGAGCUUGUGAAAGAUUUCCAUAGCCAUUGUCAGAGAAAUGGGCAGAUGAGAGACAAGAUAAUUGGCAUCUUUGGAAUGGGAGGAUCUGGCAAGACCACUCUCGCUAAAUAUUUGUUCAAUAGCAAACAUUCAGAAUUUAGUGGAUCAGCUAGUCUGUUUGAUGUGCGAGAAAACCAUGUCAAAGGUAAGCUGACUUCUUUGCAAAGUAAGCUUCUCAAUGAUCUGUUUCCUGGAAAUCAUUAUUCAUUUUCUAGUAUAGAAGAAGGAACAGCCUAUAUCAAGCAUGAGCUUCAAGGGAGCCACGAAUCAAGGUUCCUUAUAGUUAUAGAUGAUGUUGAUCAUCAAAAGCAAUUGGAUGCCCUGUUACCCAAGGAUACCCUCAAUCCCAAUAGUUUAGUGAUUGUCACAACCCGUGACGAGAGACUUCUUAUAAAGUUCGAAGCGACAGUCCGUUAUAAGAUGAAAGAGAUGAAUCCAGAGCAUAGCAAAGAACUCUUCUGCUGGCAUGCGUUCCAUACGCAAUCUUGUAAAAGGGGAUUUGAGAAUUUGGUAGAUAGCUUUGUCGAAGCGUGUGGAGGUUUACCUCUUGCUCUUCAAGUAAUGGGUGGGCAUGUUUUUGGAAGUGGCGUGGCUUAUUGGAAGUUGCAAUUAGAUGAGGCUAAGGCAAGACUAGACAAAGACAUAAGAGAUACGCUUAAAAUAAGCUAUGACGCUCUGGAAGAGGAUCAAAAACAGAUCUUUAUGGAUAUAGCUUGUUUUUUUACAGGGGAAGAUGAGAGAAAAGCCAUAAGUAUAUGGAAGGCUUCAGGUUGGAGAGCCGAACAUGCACUUCAGACCCUCAAAGAUAAGUGUCUUAUUGAAGUGCAAGAUGGGGUGUUUGCCCCUGUAGGAUGCCAUUAUGAGCCAACAUUUGUUUUGAAAAUGCAUGACCACCUCCGCGACUUGGGGAGGGAAAUGGCAGAUAAAGAAACGGUCCAGCCAACAGAUAAUCAAAUGAGCCAUCCUCGUCGGCUGUGGCGUCCUGAGGAUCUUAUUGGAAUGAGAAAAAUCAAGGGAUUCCAAAGCACCCUCGCUGGGUCCGAAGGAAAAAGUUUCAGAUGUUUCAUAAAUCGGGUCGACAUUGAAGAUGAUUUUUAUAUGAGAUGUUUUCUGGGGAGUUCAAGGACAUCAACUGAUUUACAAGUGCUUGAACUUUCCUCUAUUUUUGGUCAUCGGCGUAUUCCUGAAUACCCGAUUCCUCUACAAAAUCUGCACACUUUAAGUCUUGAAAGAGUAUCACCUGUGAUAUUGUGGCAAAGGGAUGACCAGGUUCUCCUCAAGUUGAAAGAGCUAUCUUGCAUCUUUGAUAGUAUCUUAGACUCCAGUCUUCAAAAUAUGUAUAUGAGCGAUUUCAAGAAACUGCUGAGUUCGUUUGGAAUGUUCAAAAAUCUGAGAAGUCUGCAAAUAGAAUGUGGACCUGAGUUCUUAAGAUGGGAAAGUAUUAUUGAAUGGAAUCGCUUGCAGAAAUCUAUAAGAGAACUCACCUAUCUGCAAACUUUAAGCUUGAAAUCCUUUAAGGUAGAAGGGGAAUUUGCUCUAAGCAACAGGGGAAAGACAACUGUUGAUCUGUUUCCUAUGAGAAAUCUUGAGGCCAUAAUUCUGUGCGGUGUAUUGAAAACAACGGUGGUCUCCAUUAGUGGACAGUUCUGUCCCAACCUUAAAUCUCUUCAGCUUUGUUGUAUGACAGAUCUGAUUGAAAUGGAUUUGACAGGGAUAACCACACUGGAAUGUCUGACACUGUUGAAAUGUCAACAAUUGAGAAAAGUAUUGGGCAAUGAUCUGCUAAAACUUGAAUUUUUCAAUAUAAAAUUAUGUCCGACUAUGAGAGAGUUCCCAAAUUUUGGGGGUGUCAAUUGUCUCAAGAGGAUCUAUAUUAGCCAGUGUGAGAACCUGCAGGAUGUAUCAGCUUUUGAAAGAUUGGAGAGAUUGAAGAGGAUCUGGAUCGCUUAUUGUCCAGAGCUGAAGCGUAUAAAAGCUAUUGAACACUUGAAGGGAUUGAAGAGAAUCUGGAUUCAGGGCUGUACACAGUUGCAUGAUGUAGUUUGUUUUAAUGAAUUGAAGGAGUUGAAGAAACUCUUCAUUGGGAAAUGUACAAGGAUGCAGAAUAUGGAAGGCAUAGAACAUUUAUUACGCCUGGAGAGCGUUAUCAUUGUUGAAUGUCCGAAGCUGACGAAUAUAAGAGGCGUUGAAGAAUUGGAAGGACUGAAGGAGAUGAUUAUUUCAGAUAGUCCUAUUAUAAGUUGUGUCGAAAGGUUGCAGAGAUUGCCAUCUGAGCAUAUAACUAUGGUGGGGAGAUCAGCUAUGUCAGAUUUUAUUUCAAAUGAGGGUGAUGAAGAUGAAGAUGAAGAAGGAUUUAGAUUUGGCUAUGUGAGGAGAUCGUCCAUAUCAUAUUUUACCGCAGAUAAAAUUGGGAACACAUUGUCUAUGGUGGAUGCUUUUUAUGAAAUAGAGCGUGAAGGAAAUAUAAAUAAUAUUUUGGACUGGUUUCAUAAAACCCAUCGCUCACUCAGUACAUUCAUCUUCUGCGCUUUGGUUUGGGAUUCUCCUCAGAUAGAGGGCGAUAUUUUUAAUGGGACCAGGAUUGUGCGUCAGAGACCUCAUCACCUAAGACAUAUAAACCUGUUUAGUGGUGCUGCAGACUGGAUAUAUAUGUGCGUAGUUAAUGAAGAAAGGUUCUCAGAAUAUGACUCCUGGAUUCCAUCCUCUCAUUGUAUAAAGAAGGCGUUUAUAAUGGGAGUGAAGGCAGGCGAAGAAAGGAAAACCCUUCACAUACUGCAAAGCUUAUUUGCUAAACUAUGCAUUCACAACAGCUGAAUAUUCUGAAAAAGAUCUGUUGCGCUUUGGGCGUGUUGAUUGGUGUGAGAGAGUGACAGUGAUCUUGAUUGCUCUGAGAGAUUGGCUGCAGAGGAGCAUGCUCUUUCUGAUUUCGCCGACGAUGAAGAAUACAUUGGUGGUGGUGAUGAUGAUGAUCAUAAUGCAAGUGACUUUUAAUUCAAAAUUCACUUGUUGCAAAUGAGAUUAUGUAGAUCUUAAAAUACAGAUUUUUUAAAAAAUCAUAUGGGUCUUUAUAUAGAAUGAUCUUUUAUUGGAAAAGGUUUUAUACUCAAUAAAACUAGCAGUUGCACGUUUUUUUUCGUGCAACAAAAAGCCAAUAGGCUGUGUUUUUUUGUGUAGAAGGUAGUUUGAGGAUCAAAACAUGAGAGGCAAAAAGAUGAAAGACAAUAUCCCACAAUCAUAAUACCAACAAUUGUGAUAAAGGAAUUAAUAAACACCAAAAUGAAUGGUGGGGCUGAAUCCUUGCUCGAAAGAAUAACCUAUAAUUUGGUGUUUAUCGACUUCAUUUGACAUCAGUAACCUAAAAGUGACAUUAGACUUGUAAUUUUUCAAA